GAUGCAGCCCCCGGGCCGCGUGGCGAUGGAUGUGCGGGUACAGGAUGUGGAGAAACGGAGGAAUCCGAGCAAACACUAUGUUUAUGUUAUCCAAGUAAACUGGUCCGAUAACACAUCAAGUAUCAUCUACCGACGUUAUAGCAAGUUUUUCGACCUCCAGAUGCAGCUUCUGGACAAGUUUCCUGUUGAAGGAGGACAGAAGGAUCCUAAAUUGCGUUGCAUCCCAUUCUUGCCUGGCAAAAUCCUGUUCAGAAGAAGCCAUGUCAGGGAUGUGGCCAUGAAGAGACUGAAACCUAUUGAUGAAUAUUGCAGGUCUCUGGUCCGACUGCCAUCUCUAAUCUCGCAAUGUGAUGAAGUACUCCGGUUUUUUGAGCCUCGCCCAGAGGAUUUGAAUCCACCAAAAGAAGAAUGUGGAGGAAUAAGGAAGAAAUCAGAACCAUGCAGUCAGUUGUUUAACAGAAAUCCCUCCCAUUGCAGAGUUUCAGGUUCAGAAGCUGUGGCAGAGCCCAUGGUUUUGGAUCAGUACAUGGUGGUCGCCAACUAUGAAAAACAGGAGAACUCUGAGAUCAGCCUAAAGGCAGGAGAAGUGGUGGAUGUUAUUGAAAAAAGCGAGAGUGGUUGGUGGUUUGUGAGUACAGUGGAGGAGCAGGGCUGGGUCCCAGCAACAUAUCUGGAAGCACAAAAUGGAACUCGAGAUGACCUGGACAUCAGCACCACAAGAGCUGGAGAAGUCACUAAGAGACGCAAAGCCCAUCUGCGGCGGCUGGACCGGAGGUGGACUCUGGGAGGAAUGUGUAACCGCCAACAAAGCCCAGAGGAGAAGUACAUCACUGUACAGCCAUAUGUCAACCAGGGCAAAGAUGAGAUUGGCUUUGAGAAAGGCGUCGUGGUGGAGGUCAUACAGAGAAACCUGGAGGGCUGGUGGUUCAUCAGAUAUCAAGGCAAAGAGGGAUGGGCACCAGCAUCUUACUUAAAAAAAGUGAAGGAUGAUCUUACUCCACGAAAAAAGCCUCUUACUGGGCCAGUAGAGAUCAUUGGAAAUAUAAUGGAGAUAAGUAACCUACUGAAUAAAAAAUCAUGCAGUGAAAAAGAUGUUCAGACAGAGAACGAAUCUAACUUUUAUGAUCAUCCUCCACUCACGGCAAAGGAAAUCAGUCUCCCACUGCCCUGUGACCAGACCAAUGGUGAUGCAACUGUAUUGACAACAGCAGAGAAAAGACUUGGCCGAGGAGCUUCAGGGUCGCCGGCUGUUGCCCGGGUUGCUCCUCAGAGGGCAAACAUAGGCUCCCCAAACUUAAGACAGAAGCCACCACCACGCAGGGAAACUAGCCUGGGAUUCCAGCUGCCCAAGCCUCCAGAGCCUCCUGCUGUUGAAGUGGAGUACUACACCAUUGCAGAAUUCCAAACACAUAUUGCUGAUGGGAUCAGCUUUCGUGGGGGACAAAAAGCUGAGGUCAUUGAGAAAAAUUUAGGUGGCUGGUGGUAUGUACAGAUUGGGCAGCAGGAGGGUUGGGCACCAUCUUCAUACAUUGACAAGAGGAAAAAGCCAAAUCUGUCCAGAAGAAGCAGCACACUAAUCCGACCAAAAAUCCCUCCACCGGCACCACCCACCAAAAGCAAGCCAAAUUCUGAGGAAACAGGUCCAGGAAAUGACAGUGAAUGCAUGCAACAAAAGCCCAAGUUUGAGGAACCAGAGUAUGAUAUUCCGGCUGCAAUCUUUGAUCAUGAGCCUGAGACUAGAAUGAAUUUGAUUGCUGACGAACAGGCUAAAGAGGAUUCAGUUGAUCAGGACCAGCCGGAAUCCAGCCAGCAGCAAAGCAAACCAUGCCCAUUAUCCACACUGCGAAAAGCCCGCUUCAAAAUGGGUGAAUCUUCAGAAAGCUUGUUCCGUGAUGACCAGCUUGUAUAUCCUCCCAGUGAUAAGGAAUGCAACCAAGGAGGGAGUAGCAAUAGUUUAGUAUGUAAUCAGGUUUGUGAAACUAUUACUCAGAUUGAUGCUGCAGUGUCAGCAUCAGAGACCAGCUGUUCACCAAAAUACAUUUCACCAAAACACUCUCUAAAAAACCUUCAGUUAAGAUCUGAGAAAAAAACAGAUGCUAGGAAAGACCAGGAUCCUGAAAAAAGUGGGGAUAAUUACUGCAAAUCCAUCUCCGAUAUCAGUGACUGCACCACACAGAAAGUUGGAUCAAAAAAAGACAAGGAGAUAUCUGAAACAAACGCACACACAGAACAGAAAGCUGCUCUUAGUCCUAUAACCAGGCCAAAGCCUUCUGUGAGACCAAAGCCUUUACUGGUGAAGCCAGAAGCACAGAAUACGGAGAUCAGCACUAUCAGGCGCCAGCUUAGGCCUACAGGACAGCUGAAACACAACUCAAAAGGGAUAAAGAUUGAUGAUGCAGAAACUAUCUCAUUAACAUCAUCUGAAAAUUCAGAAGAUUCUUUCACUAAAAGUACAGUCGAUCUUUCUACAAAUGUGUCACUCAGCCAGAUGGGACUGGGAACAGUAAAACCCAGUGAUCAGGAAACAGAAUCACUGUGUCAGUAUAAGACAGUGGAUAAAUAUGAAAAAGUUCAGGACAAUGAAAUCAGUUUUCCAGCAGGAAUAAUGGUUGAGGUUCUAGAAAAACAAGACAGUGGUUGGUGGUUUAUUAGAAUUGGAGAUGACGAGGGAUGGGCCCCGAUCUUCUACUUGGAGCAUGUUAGUGGCAGGCCAGCAGAGGGCCCUGGAGAGUCUGAAACUCCUAAUAGGGACAGGUCAGUGAAUGAAAACCAACUCAACAAUGUAGAGAAAGUAGACAAGAAGGUUCAGGCAUUAAAUAACAUUAACAUUGGUCUAAAGCGAGCAACACCCCCAAUUCCUGCAAAACCCCCUGGAGGGUUUGCAAGACUAGGAGGAAAUGUGAAUGGUUCAGUAAAAAUGAGAAAUGGGUUGAAACAGGUAACCGUGAGGCCACAAUCUGUAUUUGUUUCCCCCUCGAGCAAAGAAAGUAACAGCCUAGCUGCAUCACUCAGGAGGAAUGAAUCUAUGAUGUGUCAUGAGAAUAUCAAGUCUACAGUGAAUAUCCGUCGUAAUGCAUCUUUCAACAAUGUCCGGUUACGAAAGAAGAACGAGGAGUCUGACUCUAUACACUCCGUGGCAAUGUCCAGCCAGAAAAAGGUCAGACCUUCAGAAAGGUGUGGAGGAAUCGAGUCAGAUGCCAUAGGCAGAAUUUCCCAGAAAGACGGGAUUCCCGUGUCAGCUGUGAGACCAAAGCCAGUGUGCAUCCAGGAGAAACCCCAAUUCAUUCAGAACAACUGGAGAGAAGUGUACGUUGCAAUCGCUGACUAUCAGGGAGAUGAGGAGACCAUGGGCUUCCAAGAGGGCAGUUCUGUGGAGGUGCUGGAACGUAAUCCCAAUGGUUGGUGGUACUGUCAAAUAAUAGAUGGUGGAUGCUCUCGAAAGGGCUGGGUGCCUUCAAAUUAUCUAGAAAAAAAGUACUAAAAUUUCUUUUUAUACAUAUAAAUAUAUUUUAAUUUAUCGAUGCAAUGUGCAUUUUCAAAUGGAACUGUCAAGCAAAUACUGCAAACCUGCGAUGGAAUAAAUGCCGCUAUAUUUCAAGUGCUGAAUUGCUGAGCUAGUGUAUACCAGUGAGACUGUAACAUAAAGCUGAUUAAGUAUGUGGAAAGACACCUGUAGAUGAUGAGAAUUAUGUAGUCCGUCUGCACACGGUGGGUUCUGGACAUUAAAGUGUCAAAGUGGAGCUGAUCAGAGCUGGACAAGGGCGAGUUGCACUUCCUACAUGCAACGGAGUUACUCAAAAGCCGGACCUUUGAGCAGAGUUGGAUAUUUUAAAUUAAUUAUUAUUGUUUUAUUAUUUACUUUUUACUGAAUAAUCAGGAGUUGUUCUGGACUUUUUCACUGGUGCCUUUAGCAUGCCCAAAGUAUAAAAACUGGGAAUUAACAUUCUUUUCACUGUGCCAAAAAUGUAAAUUAAUCUGUUCAAAUUUCUUUGACUUGAUGGAAUGGCUUUAAGCUAUCGCUGACUUUUAGGUCAUUAUAUGUUAUGUUAGAAGGGAGAUGAAAGGGAACUAACAUCAUGCAAUGUGACAGAUGAGAUAGAAACCCCAAUAUUUGAAGGUGUGCUAAAAUGCUAAUUACAUUGGCAAAUGUGUCUCAAGGAUGCCAUUUUUACUGUUCUGUCACAAGGUUUUUCUGAUUUUCUCAUGUAAGUUCUAGGCACAUUCAUUAUUUUGCUUUAGUUCAUCAGACUACAAACACUCUCCAGGAUGACACUAAUAAAGUUAGUAGCUCUUCUAUUGUGGCCCAACAAUACACAACUCUGUUUUUCUACUUCUAGCUUGGAGUGUUAUUAGGUUGAAAUUUUUAGCAGAGCUCCUGAUAUUCAGAAAGCAAAUGACCCCAGCAUGCUCUGUCCAUGCCCUUUAUUUGCAUCAAAUCUUUGCAUCAGAGUAUGGAUCUGGGACUAAUAAUUCUUUUGAACAUAUCACAAGAUGAAUAUUUCACACUGCUUCAUAAAACACGGAACCUCAGAAAUCUGAGAGGUGAGAGCUUUAUCUGCAGUUUGUUGGUAUGAUAUGCUUAUUUAUAAAAUAUUUUAUCUUAGGUUCUUUUUGCAUAAAUUCUCUAGAUGGAAGAUUUUUUGUAUAUGGUAUUGUUGCAGGACACUUAAACAAGGACACUAACAAUAGACUUGCACCCUCGUUCAAGGGCAAAAUGGAGAGAAGUGGUGUGGUGAAAGAUGCAGCACUUUCUGCAAUGGACUCCAUUGCUGCCAAGAAAAAAAAAUGUGGCUCAGGGCCCCAUGACUGGAUAACUAACACUGCAAUCUACAAUUAAACAUGAAGGGACAUGGCCCUGGAUGUUGGAUUCAAUAACUGAAGUACACAUUGGUAUUAUAGUACAUUAAUUUUUAUAUAUGUUGUCAAAUGUAGCUACAUGACCUUCUUUGAAUAGAAAUGAGAGGCACCAAUUGAAAGUUGCCACUACUUUGCAGUAGCUGAAUGACACGUAGGCUAGGAACUUCUAAGCUGAAAGGAUAUACUGCUUCUUCAUGAAUUUGAUCAUAUUAUCUAGCUAAUAUGAACAGAAAGUGAUACAGAAACUCAGCAGACCUGGCAGCAUUUGUGGAGAGUUGACAUUUCAUGUUCAAUGUGACUUCUUCAGGACAGUAUUAUUCAGCACUGUAUUGUUCAUUGCUGUUUGCUAAAGCCUGUUACUACCAGCAGUGCUUUGCUGCCUCUACAGAUGUACUAAUGGAAUGUAAAUUAGUGCAUUAGUGGAUGCACAAUGAUUUGGGGACUGAGAAGGGUCCCAUUUAUUGAACUAUUGUGUCACACCCAUCCUUUGAAUGUCAGUGGUCUUUUUCAUUGGCAUGUUGUUUGUUCAGGAAUAAAACACUUCUUUAAUAGUGUAAUGCAGACGUGUAAUAAUUCUUGAUUUUAUACAAUAUAUAAUACCCUUUAGUACAACACAAGUUGGAAGGAAUUAAAGUUUACAGAGAUGUGCUGAGUAGAUCCCAUUAAAACUGAACAGCAUACAUCUUAACAGCCAGUUACUGCCAAAUUAGACUUGCUGAGUUAUGAUUCCAUUGUUGGCUGCAUUCCUUCAAAGUAAAUAUGCAAUUUUAGCAUAAAGAUUUGUACAGCUUUUCUGGAAGUAGCUUCGAGUUUAGAAGAAUCUACUUGCCUAAUAUUUAUUUACCUCAACAUGCAUACAACAGUUAAAGAUGGAUUUUAUAACCAAUUCUUCAAUGCAAUUAAGCAAUAAAACCAAACUAUCUAUUUAUCUUACCUGAAUUUUUUGUCAGCCUACUCCUGAUUCUUCUAGUCUCAAGCUUUUACUACAGUUAGUUUAACAAGGGAAUUUUGUAUAAUCAAUAGUGAGUUUCUAUAGUCCUAAGGAUAGGUAGAUUGUACUCGUAAGCAUAGAACAUAACUAAAUUCAACAUUAGUCAUCAAUUUCAGUUUUAUGUUACUGUAUCAAACAAAAUGACUUACUUUCUGUUUAUUUGUUAAAACUUCCAUCAAAAAGACACAAAAUAUGGAAAAGUGCAAUAUAGAAUUGAUGUAAAUUAUUGAGGGUAAAUGCUGAUAUUGGGAGGUUAAUUGAUGUGAAGCAGGGUUUUGAACAUCUGUGUAGGGGAAAACUAACAAUAUAUCUAGGAAUAGCAGGGUGUAUAUCAGCUAAUAUAUCAUGAAAAAUGUAUAAGCCUAGUAGAAUCAGCUUUAGUGGACUGGGAAAAACAGAAUCUUGAUCAGGCACUGUCUUUGCAAUUCUGAUUAUGAUCUGGACUAGGAAAUCUAGAACAAGAUGCUUUUAAAAUUAGCUUUGCAAUGAAAUACUGAUGAUUCAGUAGUCUUAUUUUGGAACGGUAUUGUCCCAGUGGAUAAUAGUGUAGUCUGCUAACACUGUGCUUUGUUAUGUCAAGCAAUGCUCCUAAUAUAUCGCAGUUUACAAAUUAAUGGUGUUUUGAGCUAUUGAUACAACUGUGUAUUUUAGGUACUGCACAUUUAGCUUGGUUAUCCAGUAAGUAAGAAAGAAAAUGUGCUGACAGAAUGAAGUUGGAAGAACUGUUCUUAUUGUGGAAUGAUAAAUAGCUUUGGAAGUUGAGAGUCAGGAUUCACUUUCCUAUCCCUUGGUUCAGUUUUAUUUCUGUUGGUUUUAAAGAGCGGGGGCAAAGUAAGCAAAAGACAUUUUGAGAUUCUCAAAUUGUUUCAGCGCAAAAUUGGCUUUUCAGUUGUGACCUCAAGGCUUGAGUGGUAAGGGACUACAGGAAAAGAGAGAGCUCUGCCAAAAGAAAGUCAUGGCUCCCUAGAGGUUCUCCUGCAAGCUGUCUAGUAGAGAAGGAAUAUACUGUUUCUCAGGAAUGGCAACAAGAGGCCAUCCCGGGUGACCAAAGCAUCCUGGACUAAGGUGGCUGUGGAGGGAGUAUCAAGAGAGAGUAGAUCCAGUGCCGCAAAAGGAUGAAUGAUCUGCUAAUACACCAGUCAGAAUAGUACCACUGACUACUCAAUGCUUUGUACCCCCAAGAGUAAAAGGACCUAUAAAGCUUAGAAGCUCAUGCACCACCAGUUCACUGACCUUUCAUCACAACUAUGAGAAUUUACACAGCUGAUUACUAUAUACCAAGGCUUGCAUGGGACAAGGUCACAACCACAAAAGGUUUCUUUGGGUUGGACACCUCACAAGAAUACCAGACAUGUGAAUCAUAUAAUGCUUUAUUAAUUUCUAUUAAUAUUAUCUCUUUGAGGUCACUGAAACAACAUACAUACAUCCCCUAUGCUUGCAAGUAAUGCACACAAGCUAUCACAUUUCAGGGGAUUCACAUCUUUAUCUAUAUCAAGCAGUCCAGGCAAAGUGCUCAUGCACCGGUGCUAAUGUCUGUUAAUGAUUCUCUCCCUCUGCACAAUAAGCAUGGACAUACAUACAAUAUGAUAAACAAUACAAUAUAUGGGAAUACAAUAAGCAUAGACAAUGGGAUCAGGGAGAAAAGGAGUGAUGGGGGGUAUCUGAUAAAAGGCAUCUUACAGCCUUUGAAGAGCAGCCUGCUGAGCUGGCAGGAGAGCAUAUGGAUUGUGCUUGUGCUGAAGAGGAGAUUGAUAUGUCCAGCCAUCUGGUGAGAAGGCCUCCACUCUACUACUCCCAGCUGCAUAUCAAGCAGCAUGCCUUAAAUACUUGGUUAAGGCUAGUGGCUCACAACACUAACAAACAUUUUUUUUCCUCUGCAGUUUCAAAUCCCAUUCUCAAGUCUGGACCAAAAGAAACAAGAAGAGCCCAGUCCUCAAGCCCAUUUCUAAUAGCCCCUCACAGCACACCUCUGAGGACAAACAGUUGGGACCCUCAGAGUAAGCACAAUCAAGGUCUACCACCCUCCAUCAGCAUACAGACAUAGAGACACCUCAGUGAGUAAUGUACUGAGAGUCAGCUUCGGGUCACAUUCUGGUGCGCACUGCACUGACGUGCGCUUGCAGCGACAGGAGGAAGAAAACAGUGAUGUUUCUGUCACUCAGAGAACUGCUGGAGAACAGAUCUAAGCUGAGCUCAUUGCAGUCUCUGUACUUAGCCAUUAAUGAACUGCUAGUGAUGAUGCCAGAGACAAAGAGGAGAACAUCCGGCAGACAUGCCAGAAAUCAUGCGUAGACAGGAGCAAUGGCCAGAGGCAUCUGCCCAUAUCUUAUUUGAUUCUGUAACUUCAGCAUGCAAGCACAUAGCUUCCUCCAUAGUUCAGGUGGCAGCCACUGUGGAAAGUUAGGUCUAGCAAAACCAUCAGUAAAUGCCAGAUAUGUUCAUAUGAGCCAUGGCUGCUUUAAUUCACUGGUUCAGUGAAAUGAGCCCACAGGACCUUGACAUCCCUCCAAGUUCUCUAUCCCACAAGAGGUGUGGGAGGUACCAUUCUACACUGACAGGUAGAAUGAGGAUGAAGAGACAGACAAUCAGCGAUUGUCAUCUCGGUAUUCCAGAGAUAUCCUGAUGCAUCAUCGCCCUUCUGCUGGAAAACCCGGUGCCUGCAUCCAGUUAUUCUGAGGGCAUUGCAUCUGCACCUGUAUAGGAGCUACCUGGUCCAGGUUGAACAGUUUUUGGCCAAUAAAGCCAUCUGAGCUAAGGGGGUAGUCAGCCGGAUUCCUGCAGCUACCCAAAUGGCACCAAGACGUAGCAGUAGAAAAAUAAGAAUUAAACAGCACUGAUGUUAACAUUCUUUACACUACACUCGAAACAAUUCAACACCUUAUAUAAAAUGUCUUCAGCCUAUUUCAAUCACUUCUAACUGUUCAUGUGUUCCUUAUAGGGUAUCUGAUUGCCUUAGGUGCUCACACAUCUAUCUUGCAGCAAUGCGAAGGCCACUGUGACCAACAUAAUCUCUGUAAAGUGGGAAUUUAGUGAAAUGGUUGGGUUUCAACUGUCAACCACAGUUGUUCAACCCCUCUACCUGAGUAAUAAAUAGAAGCACCUUGCAAAUGAAGGAAUCAAGACAAAUGUAGCCAUGUAAAUCUGCAGAACUGUAUACCGUUGCUUUGGCCAGGAAACUGAACGGGUUUAUUGGUGCCAAAGGAACAAAUUCAAUGGCACUCAAACUGUCUUAAUGUUUAAAUUUAAAUAACAAGAAUUCCUUUGAGAACAAGAUUUCCUCUAUGGCAUAGUUCAUAAUAUUUCCAAGUAUCCACAGUUGUUUGUGGAAAGGUAUUUAGCAUCAAAACCAUCCAAUAUCAAGUUUUUUUAGCUCCCUUAGCAUUUCUGUCAGACUCACCUUACUCAUUGGAGGAGACGGAUGACUGGUCCAUCGCCUCCUCAUCUCACACCAUCGUUGAGCUCAGUUAUGCAGGAUGCAGCAAAUAAUCACUAUUCUGGAGGCCCUGUCAAUGAGUAUUGGAGUGCUGCUCCUGGGUGGUUCAGGCAACAGAAGCGCACCUUCAGAAGACUAAUUGCCUGUUCAAUGGUGGCCUCAGUGGAUGUAUGUGCUGCAAUUAUAACAUUGUUCACCAUCAGCCUGAAGGUUUCACACCAGCUGUGUCUUUUGGGAAUAUCCCUUGUUAUCUAAAAAACCGUCCUGGAGAUCAUGGGUGGGGUGGGGGCAGGGUGCUACUUUGGUAGUUGUGCAAGGCUUAGGGCUUUGAAAGCACCCUGGGCAAUGGGUGCACACCUGCAGAAAUUGCCCAUAAAUGAGCUGAACACAGAGAGUGAAACCCCAUCCAGUUCAGGAAUUUGGCUUAGCUCUGAACCUCACAUGCAUUCAAUUGAUCACCCGUUGUAACUGAGGGAACUGGUGAUGGCUGCAAAUCUGAUUGCUCAGACACCUAGGCUGUCUGUGUUCAUGGUGAACUAGCUAAAAUGUAUUGCUUUUCUAAAAGGGGCAUCAGUGAACUCCUGAAUGCAUCGUAGACUACCAAUUGGAAGAUAAGUCUCUAAUUGAGGUUUGAAAGAAGCCUGCAGUGAGUAAGUUCAAUAUUGCUGUAAUCUUCAGCAUCACUAGCAUGGUACUUUCUCCCCAACUUGUGUGGCUGCAGAAUAUGUUGGCAGGAGGUGGCUGAUGAUAGAUAAUGGCUUCUCUAGUCAUACAGACAUACCUGCAGCACUGCUUUUCACUUGUCUGCAGGCAUCUGGAACACUCACCAUACACACUUUCUCAGUAGAUUGCUCUAUGGUGCUGAAGACCUUCAAGCACUGCCUGCUUUUCUGUCAUGCAGCCCCCUGAACCUUUUGUUUCUAAUUCCUCUGUCAUCACACUUUCUUUCUCCUCCUACUUCUCAAUCCUAGCAAAGCUGAGACAGUGCUGGUUUAAAUAGAUCAAACACGUAACUUGGAAGUACUGACCCAUUCUGAAAUAUCAGGAAUGAGAUGUAUAUUUCCCUUGUGCGCUCAUCAAGCUGCUUGUCUUGGUGAAAGCCUGUCUACAAUCACUUCUACAGAAUGAGGUGCAUCCUCCAUGAACCAUGAUUGGGGUUCCUGUUCCUGAGGCUGCCGUCUGCAAAACAUUUAUGUCUUUUAUAAGAUGUAAGAACAGAAGUAGGUCACUCGAUCCAUCAAGUCUGCUCUGCCUUCAAUAAGAUUAUGGCUAAUCUGAUAGUCCUCAACUUCAUUUUCCUACCUUUUCCCCAUAACCUUGAUACCCUUACUAAUUAAAAACCUGUCUACCUAAUCUGUGCAAAAUAUUAAAUAACUGAGUCUCUACAACCCUGUGCAUUAAAGAAUUUCAGUGAUUCACUGCCCUCUGAGAGAAGAAAUUCCUAUUCAUCUUUGUCUUAAAUGGGUGACCCCUUACUCUGACAUUAUGCUCUCUGAUCCUAGAUUCUCUCACAAAAUGAAACCAUCUCUCUACACAUAUCCUAUCAAGCCUCCUAAGGAUUGGUAGUUUUUCAAUUCUCUGGGUCUUUUCCAGAAUCUAAGAAUUCUUGGAAGACAUUAUCAGUAUAUCCACUAUCUCUAUGGCUACAUGCUUUAAUAUCCUACAAUGCAACCCACCAGGUUGAGGGGACUUAUCAGCCUUUAACCCCAUUAGUUUCCCUAGUACUUUUUCCCUAGUGAUAAUUAUUGUGUUUAUUUCCUCCCCUUGUCCACCUUCCCUAACGGCCUCACCUUCUGCAUCUUGAUUAUUUAGUACUUUUGGAAUGCCAUUAAUGUCUUCUACUGUGAAGACAAAUGUAAAAUAUUCAUUCAAUUCCUCUACCAUUUCCUGGUUCUCCAAAAUUAUUUUCCCAGCUUUGAUUUCUAAGGCGCCUUGUACACUUUGGCCUCUCUCUUCCUUUUUGUGUAUUUAAAGCUCUUGCUAUCCUUUUUCACCACACUUGCUUGCCACAAAGACUAUUUUCUUCCUUUGCUUUCAGGCAUCUAUUUUCAUUGUUUUUAAGUCACCCAUGAUUACUACAAUACUACUUUUGUAUGCCCUCAUUAACUCCUACUUUAUUCUCUGAACUACAGUAUAGCUGCUGUUGGGGGCCAAUGGAGUACUCUCACCAUUGUCUUAUUGCCCUUGUUAUUUCUUAACCCCACCUAUAAGGAUUCUAAACCUUUUUUAUUUGACCUAUAUGGAUUCUGUAUCAUCUGCAUCUAUCCCAAACGCCUGUCCCUCUCACAUUAUGUUCCAGCAUGGUUAAAGUAAAUCCCGUCCUACUGAAGCAGCUGAUUUCCAUGACAGUGCUGGUGCCUCAUGAACUGAAAUCCAUUCCUUCCACAUCAAUCUUUGAACUACACAUUUAAAUCCUUGACUUAAUUUGCCCAUGACUCAGGUAAUUGAGAAUAUUACCUUGGAGACCCUGUUUUUAAUUUAGCUCCUAACUGUUGAAAUUCUUUCAGCAGAUCCUCCUUUCUGGUCCAAUCAAUGUCAUUGGUACCAAUGAUGAUACUGGAUUCCUUCCCUUCCACACCAGGUUCCUCCCCAGUCCUGAAGAAAUGUCCUUAAUCCUUGCACUAGGAAGGCAGCACAGCCUUCAGGACUCAUGGUUACGACUGGAGAGGACAGCAUCUGUCCCUCAGAUUAUACUUUCCCCUACUACUACUAUGUUCCAAUUUCCUCCCCGCAUUUGAAUGGCUCCUUGAACCAGGGAACUGUGGUCAGUUCAGCCAUCCUCUCUCAGUCCUCACUCUCAUCCACACAGCUAGGAAAACCACAUAACUGUUGGAUAUUUACAGGGGCUGUGCUCCUUGAACGCUUUCCCCUGGGCCCCCAUACUGGCCGUACCUGCAGUCACAGUUGCCUAUCCCUGAUCACAGACAGAAUUUUAAUUACCUAGUUUGAAGGAUGUGUCUCUACCUCCUGGAGCAAAGAGUCCACAUAACUUUCCCCCUCCUUGAUGUAGCACAGUGUCUACAACUGAAAGUCCAGUUCUUCAUCUUGGAUCCAAAGUUUCUUGUGCUCCAAACAUACUACAGAUGUGUUCACUCUGGAUCUUUUGGUGUGCAGCAACUUCUACAUGCUGCUGCAGCAAUACAUCACCCAUACUGCAAUCACUGCCCCAUUUUAUUUAUGAAUUACUUAAUCUAGCAUUUUUUUACACUGAAAGAUUCAGCUUAUACUUUUCUGUAAUUAUUUUACACCAGUAUCAACCUUAUACUUAACAAGCCAUUUUAAUAAAAUGAGAGAUGAAAGAAGUCUAAAGACCUAAGCACAAACUGAAAACCUUACUUUCAUGUUAAAGAAUAAAUGUACUCAUGAAUACUACUCACCAAUGAGCUUCUUUCCCUGCACCUACACCAUUUCAUGAUUCGUGAUAUCACUCCAUUGCUAAUCUUACUGCAGAUUGGCCUCUCAAUUGGCCAAAUGCCUGCUCUAUGAUCAUCACAAAUUUUUAUAGGAUACAUAAAUGUUCAUGAACUGCCAAACCAUGAAUUUAUUUAAAUCUCUAACCCUUUCUUUUCUGAAGAACUGUCUCUCCAUCUCAAUGAGAGUUUAAAAAAUGUGUCCUAAUGGUAACAACAGUUUUUUUGUUGACAGUACCCCAAGUGCUAUUGUUCUUUUAUUAAUGGUCAGCAGCUUUCCACAACUUGCAGUUAUCCCAGCAGGGGCCUUUUUAAGUUCACAGCUUGAAUGAUAGAUCAGAGAGGUUGCUAAAGAAUAACUGUCUUUGAUUUAGAUUAUGCAUACAACUCCUUAUAUGGGAUUAAGUACUUAAGGAGCUUUUAAAUUUUGAAUGUGCUUUCAUGAAUAGGAAUGCUUUCUUUUUAAACAAUAGUAAAGUCUGUAAUAGCUAUUUAGACCUUUAAUUUAUUCCAUUUCAACAUUGCCCUUGAGGUCUGCGCAUGGGUGAGUUGGCAUAGAGAAUGCAAGAUGAAAGGAUGCGGCUGAGUUGGCAUUAAAAUGGUAUAGAACAUUAUAAGGAUUUAUUGGGAUGAUGAAUGGCUUUGGUUAGCAUUAGAUUGGCAUAGGGCUAUCGGGGGCCAUUGGGCUGAAUGAGUGGUAUGUCUGGGGCAUGGGAGGUGUAUUGGAGAUGAUGGAGUGUAAGUGUUGAGACUUAGAGGACUGAAUAUUUGAUUAAACAACUGUAAGGAAGUUCUGGAGAACUGCUGUAGGUCUUUUAAACAGGCCACUUCUGGCACUCUCAGCCCCUAUGGUCACCUCCAAUCUGUGUCUAGAGGCACUGGGCCUCACUGUUCCUGCUCCCACCUUCAGACGAAAAUCAAGUCUGACGGUACUUUUUUCAGAAGUGGAUGUAAUGAGCUGGGAAAUUAGUGAUCACAUCAACCACUUUGGGAGCAAAAAUCCAGCUGCACAUCUUUUUGCUGUCAUAUUCUACGAAGAGGAUGAAAAUUAUCCCUCUGUUUUGCAUUAUCUUUGAGAUGUGUAUGUUUGAUGGUUAGUAUUUUUGUUCUGUUAGUGAUUAUCUUCCAUUGCAAGCUGGCAGAUCUCAAGGAUAGCCAAACUGCUUAUCAAUACUCCAAUGCACUUCAAACAUAUUGUUAUAAAUUGAGAGAUUAUGGAUUUACUGCUAUUAUCCGUUCAGGUUUCCUGCAAUCUUGUUAUAAGUGAGUCUGAAUACCAGGUUUGCUAGUCAGUUUCUGUGGCUACAACCUCAACACUGACCUUCAAUUCUAGACAAUAAAUCUUUGAACUUACAACCGUACAUGCACAGCUGCUGUGUUUUAGUUGCUUCUGUACUUUCAGUACUCUUGGUUGGUAACAUCGCAAUGUUUAAAUUGAACAGAUAGGAAUUGUUUCUUCACUAAAUUAAAUGGUUCUAAAGUGUAAAGUUCUGAAACUAGGCCCUCACUUCUAUUAUCUACUUCUGAGUUGCCUUUGGGAUGUCUUAAAUUGAACUUCUUAAUUUUAAAUUCUAAUUGAUAAAAGGAGGUACUUUUAUUUAUUCAUACAUAUGUGCUGUGCACAAAGGCAGGCUGUUGGCUAGCUGUCUGCUAAUGCUUCAUCUUGAACUGCUUUCUUGGCAGUUUGCCAUUGCCUUCCACUCUUGAGUAGGGCCAGUAAGACGUUCAAUGUUUUUCUUGUUCUAAUCACAGGGCUAUUGGGAAAAGGAUUAAUUAGAAUGAUAUUUCAAAGAUUUAGUUUAAUGAGCCAAAUGAACACAGUCUGUGCUGUGAAAUUCUCUGCAUUUCUCUCCCAUUGUCUCAUCUGCUGGGCUUGGUGAUUUAAACUCAGGCGCAAUUCACUGGCCUCCCAUAUUUGAACCAUGACACCUUUCAUCAUGGGUUCAUUUGUAUAUGGUUCUAAAUGCUGAGAUGUAGUCGCAUAGUCAACAUGAGAAUAUCACACACAAACCAAUCCCCAUCUCUCCUGACAUUUAUGUAUAAGUUACAGGACAAGCUUUAGGAAAAGGAACCCUGACUGAAUUUUUUUUUCUCUCUGGUUGAUGGCUGCUAAAGCAAAAGCUUCUGCUCCGUCAUCACCCUUAAUUAUAAUUAAUUAAUCUGGAAUAUAACAAGGAAUGCAACUUAGACUAUAUAAUUCAGUAUACUGGACAAUAUAUCUACUCAUUAACCCAGUAAAGGCAUCAAAUGCUAAUAACACAGGAGCUAAAGAAGACUGAGAAGUUCAUGUGUAAUUUUCACUUCCAUUAUCAAUAUAACCCCUUUUUUCAACAAUUGGUUGAACAGAAUUUAAACUGUCCUAGUUGAGGUUGCAUUUUUAUUGUUAUACUUUCCUCAGGAAGCAUGUAGAGAUGUUUGCUUAAUUCAUUUGCCAGUUUGCAAGGCAGUUGUGGUCAAUAUAUUGAAACUGCUUUUCUAAUAUACAUAAGGAGACAAUAACUAUCCCAGAUGAUAUAGAAAUACAUCUUUGCAAUCUUUUAAAUUGUAUUCAAUAUUCAGAGCCUAAUAUCAAACUGCAAAGCAGCCUGAGUGGGACUAAUUCUAGGAAUUCGUUAAUUGUGUUUAUAAGUACGUGGAAAUACUAAGAAUUAAGACAAAAAUUGGAAUAACUUUUUAUAUGCAAAGUAAUAAAGGGAAUAUUACUGAAACUAUUUAAUCAGUCUAUGGGAGAGACCAUAGGUCAAGGCUUUACCACGUCAUACUCCAAUAUUGGGGUAAAUUGGGAGCCCCAAAUCCACAUUUCCCAAGUGCCAAACCGGCACAGCGAUAUUCCCAGAGGUAGCAUUCUAAUUGGUUGCCUUAAAGCUCACAGUCCUGGUAAAUAUACCAGGCAGGAUGUAAAUGCUGUUGGCCAAAUCAGGAAUCUGACAGCUGUGACACCUCAGCAUUCCCAGUUGUAGAGGUUGUUGUUGAGCAUGCUCCAAUUCUUUUUAAUAAUUUCCAGAGAGUGCCUUUGAAGAAGCACAUAGAAAAUGGCUAUGGAUCCAUAGGAGGUUUCAUAUAGUUUCCCUAUUCUGUUUAUUCUCCAAAUGUACCCAUAUGAUUUGUAUUCAUCAAAUUGGAUUGGGUGUAUUUUUGUCUUUCAUAACAAUGCAGAUAAUACACUCCUAGUUUCUUCAAUGUUUCUAAGAUAGGUCACUGUUAGGACUGAGUACAAUCUUCAUUCAACUUUUGGGGCAGUUUUUGUUUCAGUACUGAUGCACCAUUAGUCAUUUUAUUGUUUAGUGGUGAUUAUCUGGGCCAUUGAAAACAUAAGUUGCUUCUCCUUCAAGCUCACUGCUUCAAAUACAUAACAUUGCCCUUUUUUUCCCCCUAACUGGUUGUGAGGAUGUGUUAAUUUGUGAAAUCUUUUAUAUACUUUUCUAUAAUGUCCACUUUGUGUCUGUAACUCCCCAGAACAACGAUAACAAUAAAUUUGGAACACAUAUAGUUAAUAUUUGUAUUAGUGCCUUGUUUGUCUAUGAAACAAAAUUCUUCCAAGCAGUUGGUUGUGUAUUGGCCAGCAACCUGAGAUUUCACUUUGCUCCUCAUUGGACUCCUAAUUAUUUUGUGCUUCCCAAGCCUCUUAACUUAGGAAUCUACUCUGAAAAUAAUUUAUGAUCUCCUGUUGGUAUUUAUCAAAUCUGCCAAAUAUUGUGUUUUCAGCCACUUUAUUUAAGGAGCAACCUUGUGGUUCUGGGGAGCAAGUCCAACCUGGAGAUACCAUGUGGUCCUGGAUAUUGAUAGCUUUUUCUACAUUUAGUAACAAAGUACGUGAACCCCUAGUUGUUUCCUCACACUACUUUAGCAAGUGAUACAUUAUUUCUCCUUGUAUUUAUGUAUUAUCAGCAUGUGUAGUGUGCAAUGAUGUAAUUAAACAUGUGAACUGUU